AUGGCAGAUGAUGACGAUUAUGACGUGGAAAUGGACGCGGAUGAUUAUGGGGAUGAAGAACAAGUCGGUGAUCUCGAUUUAGAAGGUGGCGACGACUUGGAACGAGCUGGUGAAAAAACUGCAGCUGCUGAGCGAGUAACAACUCCUUUCAUGACGAAAUAUGAACGGGCGCGUAUAUUAGGGACCAGAGCAUUACAAAUUGCAAUGGGUGCACCCGUAAUGGUUGAACUUGAAGGCGAAACAGAUCCUUUAGAAAUCGCCAGAAAAGAACUCAAGGAUCAGAAAGUUCCAUUGAUCGUCAGGAGGUACUUGCCGGAUGGUUCUUUCGAAGACUGGAGUAUCGAUGAAUUAGAUUUUACUGACUGGUGA